AUGGUCGUCAAAACUCCAAGCGAAGCCGUGGUAGGCCCUGUGAAGAGCGGGCAGCAGAUGGAAAUACCCCUUGUCAAGUUCCAUUCCCAAGACGAAUUCGCCAAUCGGCUAGAGAGAGGCACUCUAAUUGAGAUGCACAAUGAAAUAUCCCGAUUAAAGAAGCUCAACGAUCGUGGCGAAAGCUACUCGGCGUGGAUAGUCGCCCCCAUUCCCGGAUGCCAGACUUCAUUUUCGACAUCCUGGUUGGUGUUGGCCAAGAGCCCGCCUUCGUCGACAAACAUGGCAUUCCCUACUGUGGCAGAUAGAUUCCAUAUUGACGUCAACGCAAGCAUCGUGUUGCCGCAGGGUAUCUAUACCCUCUACAACCUUCCCGCGACCCGAGUCCCAAACCCUUAUGAAGAUGUCACUGAAUGCGAGGGAAAGGCGAUCCAAAAGCUUGCUGCUUUCAAGGUAGAUGUUCCACGCUGCCAGACCACCGAAGACGGCGAACAAGUUCAGCUAGACUUGAUGUCACAUCUCAAAGUUGCUGAUGAUGUGGGGGACUUCUCCGGCAUCACGCUAGAUGAGACCAGCCAGAAAAACAUUUCCAUUCGUUGGGAGAUCACCAGUCAGACGUUUGAAGCUGAGCUCGAAGCCCUCUAUGCUUUCAUCACUCCAAAACGAUACAAAGAUCAAAGCGGACCUAGUUACAAAGCCAGGCUUGCCUUCGGCAUGAUCCAGCAGUUUUGCACAGCAGACCUCGAGAUAUCGAACCUCCUGAGCAAAUACCCCCCGCUUGCGAACCCGACCAAAACUGCCUACCAAAUCUCUCCAGUUUUCUUGGAGAAAUAUGCCAAAUUCAACCAGGAUCACGUAGCUGCCUACGCCGGACUUGGUCACAUCAAGAAUGGCAUUUACUUUGUCAACGGAUGCCCUGGAGCCGGUAAGACGGAGUGGAACAUGGUCAUUUCGGGGCUUAUCCAGUCACAUCACUCGCCAGCUAAGAAGCGAGUCCGCCAUCCAAUUCUCUUUCUUGUUGAUAUCAACCAGACCGUCUCGGAUGCUGCUGACAGAUAUCAUUGCCUUUGCAAGGCAGCAGGUCUCGAUAUUCGAAUAAUACGAAUGCACGGUUGGCCAUAUGAGAUGCGCCAUUCCGAGAGAUUGAAUCAAACUGGCAGCCAGGGCAAGACAAGCAGGCUUGCCGAUGACGAUGCUACUACCGACUUCACUAAGAGCUUCUUGACCACAGUCGGCUUUAGUCACCACGCCAAAUUGGAGAGGGAUCCUAGGCGUGCUCCCAACCUCGACGAGGCCGCUUGGGAAUAUUAUGAAAAACAUAAGCAUGACAGUUACCCAGGCUUAACAAAUUUCCUUGGCCGCAUUGACGAAGGCGACGUGCUAGACAGCGAAGACUGGAGGUCGCUGCGUGGCUCCGUUACCAGAUUGUAUCGCCAGGUUUUGGCUGCGGCCGAUUUUGUUGCCACAACCCCUGUAGCGGCUUCUGGUAGUUUCGCUAAAUAUUUUCACCCUGAGAUUGUCUUUGUUGAUGAGGCACCGCAUGCGCGAGAAUUAACGACUCUCAUACCGUUGGCUUAUUUUGACCCCGUGGCCUGGAUCUUCACUGGCGACGUGAAGCAGACGCGUCCCUUUGUCGACAGCUGUAUCAGCGAGAGAAAGGCUCUGGAGAAGGGACUGAAAUUCAACCCAUAUGCCGAACAGCUGCGACUCAGUACGAUGGCACGGGCGGCGGCCGCAAGUGCCCUGGACCAGAAGCUGCUAGUCAAUAAUCGGGCAUACGGCAAUCUGCAUCGCCUUCCAUCGGAAAUGUUUUAUGACGGCGAGAUGAGCUCGGGACACGAGAAAGAGAAGCGGUAUCCGCCGAGUACCAUGCAUCUGAAGAAAUAUUUGGAGAAGAUCUCGGGAUGCCGGAACAUGGAAGAGAACCGGUUGGUGGUGAGCUUUGCAGAGAGCUCUGAAGAGAUUCACCGUAACAGCUUUUGGAAUCCCAUGCAGCAUGCCUGGGUAGUUGAGCAGGUGAAGUGCCUGCUAGAUGAUGCUGAGUUUCAGAGUCUCUCCGGAGAGCCUGGAACAAUCAUGAUCCAAACACCAUACAGCACUGCUUAUCGCCAAUACUUGGGAGAAAUAAAGCUGUGGCUUCCCGAGUGGCAGGGUCGUGUUCAAGUGUUGACGGUCGACAAGGCACAAGGAAAUCAAGCAGAUGUUGUAUUUCUUGACAUGGUACGGACAUCAUCUGUGGGAUUCAUGGACGACCCCCAAAGACUCAAUGUGGCCAUUACCCGUGCCAGGCAAGCGGAGGUUAUUAUCAUGCAUGUCCGCAUGAAUUAUCGGCAGGCCAAGGGAUGCCAGCGUACAAAGUUCACAACGCAGCUUUGGGGCGAUGCGCAUAAGCACAGGCGUCUAUAUUAUCUGCGAUGA